AUGGUUCCUAGUGAGCUGUCCAAGCCCCCCGAUGGCCUGAUCGGGGGCUACAAGGGCGACCUAACUGUGCGCAUUAUAAUGAUUGUAUUCUCGUCCAUCGCCCUGUACAAUGCGAUCGAGCUUUUUAUAUUGUUGUUUUUGACAUUCCAGCACUACCGCGGGCUGUAUUUUUGGACGCUUUUGCUUUCUGUCGUGCUUGGUGUGAUCCCGCACACAAUCGCAUAUAUAUUGGAGUUCUUUUCGUUGGCUCCGCUGUGGCUCUCCUUGACGCUGGGGACCAUUGGCUUUUAUGUCAUGGUGCCAGGCCAGUCGUUGGUUCUCUACUCGCGACUCCAUCUCGUGGUUCAAAGUCACAAACUCCUGCGUUUUGUGCUGUGGCUGAUCAUUAUUGACGCCGUUCUGUUGUUAAUCCCGACAACAAUUCUCACGUUUGCGACGGCUUACGUCGGCACCGUUCCUAUCAUCCGAGGCUACAAUGUCAUGGAGCGCCUCCAGCUAGCCUGGUUCUGCACCCAAGAGUUUCUCAUCUCAGGCAUUUAUAUCUCGGAGACGGUGAAGCUGCUGCGCCUGAUGCCAGACAAGGAGCGAAGGCGAACGAGGAUCAUGUAUGAGUUGCUGGCUAUCAACUUUGUCAUUAUCAUGCUCGAUGUGGCUUUGCUGGUGGUCGAGUAUAUCGGCUACUACUCGCUACAAACAACUCUGAAACCGAUGGUGUACAGCAUCAAGCUCAAGCUGGAGUUCGCAGUUUUGGGUAAGCUUGUGUCUCUUGUUCAGACGCAACACUCGCAGCCUACCUCGACCGAACACGACGAGUAUCCCAACUUUGUGGACCCGUCCCAGUUCACCUCUGAUGUAACCCAUGCGGCUCCCGUCAAUUCCCGUGUCCCGCGGGGGAUGAGCGCCUGGAAUGGGAUCUCCAUGGAAAGCCUGCCAUCGUCAGAGCAACGAAUGCGUCCGUCGACUCGUUCAAGGCUUUCCAGUGACACCGAGGAUCCAGCUUGA